GUCUUCUAUCUUAUUAUUAGAUUUUGAUAAAAAAUACUUGAAUAAAAUCAUACUUUAAUUCCCUCAGCCUUUUUUCCUGAAAUUCCUUUGAUGCGCAGUUGACAUUUGCUUUCAAGAUGUUGUCUUUGAUUACGUUCAUUGCUUUCUUAUCCGUAUUCUCGGCUGCAAGCGGUAUCGAUGAACAAUGCCUUGCAGACGUGGUUUUGGAUUGCAUUUUUUCCGUUGGUGCAAGUGAUAUUAUAGCCGAUCGUUUUGAUGAAAAUGAAGAAAUGUUGGAUAGAAAAUGCGAAGUUAUGACGAAGUUCGAGAUAUGUGUCUUCGACGAAGCAGUCGUUUGCCCAGACAUUUCGGAGGACAUGUAUUAUCAAUUUUAUAAAGAUCAGUACAUAAUACUAAGUAAGGUAUGCAAUAAAGGUGCUGAUUUUCGAAAAAAGUAUUUAGGUAAUGCCAAAUGCCUUAAUAAGUAUAUGGCACAAGUAACGGAAAAGUGCGGAGGUGUACUUGAAGUUAUCGAAGCUGCAUACAGUGUUACAAAAGAGCUUUGUGCGAAAAACAAAAUAGCUUUUGAAUGUACAUUUGAAGAAUAUGAAAGGAACUGCGGAAAAGAAUCUUCAGCAGUUAUAAAGGAACUUUUGACAGGAUCUAUCAGUCUGACCGAAAAAAUCUGCAGCAGCUUCGAGCCCUCGGACAUAAAUACGUUACGUAUAUCACUUGAGAUGUAUUAAACACAAAUAUAGUUAAUACGAUUUAAUAAAUAUCCAAACUUGACUUCACAUAAUAUUUUCA